GAUGGUUGCGAAAAUCGAAAUCAAAAAACCAUAAAAGAUUUUUUCUUUGAGAAUGUUAUUAUUACUCAACUUUCGCAUAAGACUACUCCAUUAUCUGCCAUACCAAAAGUAGCCAGUAUUAAUGAAAAUAGCCCUUCAACUGAACAAAGAGAGCGUACUGAACAAAUAGACAGUCUUCUGCACGAAAACCCUGGCGAUUUUAUUGAUUGUAGACUAAUUAUCAACGGUGUAUGUAUACGAUCAGAGAUGGAAAAGUGGCGCCAGUUGUCAAAAUGUGAAGAAGAACUUCAUAAACAAGAUACCAUAGAACAAAUUUUGACACCUAGUGAAACACAAUUAGCUUCUUCUACUGGUGCCACAUAUCAAGACACAGAAAACGAUGGGCAACCGGAAGAAGUAAAGCAAUAUACAAAAGACAUCACAGCAAAUGUGGUGAACGGACCUUAG